AGGACAGAGAUUAUGAGAAUGGAGGUCUGAAUUAGAAGUGAUUGGAGGGUUUGAAUAGGUGAAGAGGAAUGUGAGUUGAGUUACUGAAACUAAGUAGUAAAAUGUGAUAAUUAUUGGUGACCAGCAUCCAUCAUCUUAACUGUCUUUUUCCUUCCCCUCUCCUCCUCUCGCCGCACUGCUCCAUCCACGCCCCUUUUGUCUUCUUCUUUCGCUGCCUAAAACACUCCAUUAUAGACAACAUUAAUAGCACAACAUAAGGCGGAAGCAAAAAUGAGCAGUGGCACUGCCGUCCGCCCCCUAAGUCCAUUAAUUCCCUUAUCUCGCCCCAAAUUCAACUUCCCCUCGAAAUUCACCAUCAAUAAGCCGUUCUCACUGGCUAAAAUUUGCUGCUCCCAGAACUCUACCCCCGAACACCAACAAGUCAACCUUUCAGUUCUUCGCUUCACUCUCGGAAUACCUGGAUUGGAUGAGUCUUACCUGCCGAGAUACAUUGGAUAUGCAUUUGGGACGCUAUUGGUGUUGAAUCAUUUUGUGGGCUUGGACUCUUCAUCCAUUACUCCAGCUCAGCUCAGAACGGAGGUUCUCGGACUUUCUCUGGCUGCAUUUUCAGCAGUGGUUCCGUAUCUUGGAAAAUUUCUCAAGGGAGCUAGUCCUAGAGAUCAGAAAAGUCUCCCAGAAGGUGCUGAGCAAAUCUUCGCCAUGUCACAGGAUAUUGCGGAUAACAUGAAGGAAGAUUUGGCUUGGGGAACUUACAUUCUGUUGCGUAAUACAAACUCAAUAUCCGUGCUUAUCUCAGUUCAAGAUGCAUUAUGUGUUCGUGGCUAUUGGAAUACACCCAAAGAUUUAUCAAAAGAAAACAUUCCUGAUUGGUUCAGAGAGCAGAUUAAAAAGAUUGGAUUCUCCAACUUGAAAGAUACCAUGUAUUUCCAGCAGGCUGCAGAUUCUGAACUGAAGGAGAUGGUUCCUGAGGGGACAAGGUCUCUCCUUGUGCAACCUAUUCUGAGAGCUCCAAGACUAAGCCCCAAUCAAACAGAGAAGCGCGAGGGUUUUCUCUUGUUGGCUUCUAGCAUUGAUUAUGCAUAUACUGAUAAAGACAAGGCAUGGAUAGCUGCUAUUGCGAACAAAUUUGGCGAAUGAAGUGUUCUAGACAAGCUACCUCGCCUGGUCGGGAAAAAUAGACUGUUGUACUGGAUGGGAGGCCAGGAAGUACCAUACUGUGCACCCUCACUCCAUCUUCCCCAAUAACUUGACCCCUCGCCUGGCAUACCAAGAAUGAUAAUGUUGCAGGGUAAAGUGACACAUUAGUUCGUAUGCAUUUCCAAUUGAAUAUACACUCGGUAUAAUUUGAGUAUGAGCAAUAUUAAACUAAGUUUGCAUUUCCGCUUACCGGAAUGUCUGUUGAAAUAUCUUCUCUAUUGUACAUCUGACCAAGGUUGGUGAUAUUGUUUGCUAUUUGUAUUGCAUCCUGUGAUGGAAAAUCCUGUUCCAUGAACAUAAACUGAUUGCUUAGAAUAUACUUGUUAUGUCUUUGCUAUUGCAUUGCGCAUACAAUUAUGCAAACCACAAA